GUCUCAUUCAUUUAUACUAGCCUGAGGUUUGUUCAAUGUAGUUGUUUUUAUUUGUGUGUUUUUAAGCUUUUCGUUGCGCUGUCUCAAAAAAGGAAAUUCUCUCAAUACUCUCGUAAUACUCUCAUUUCAAUACUCUCAUACCUGCAAUCCAAGUUUGCCAAAUAGGGUGGUGUUUUUUUCUCCUUCACAGAAAAUCACAGUGAUGCCGGAGUCGGAAUAUUAUGUUUAAUUGUAGUUAUGAUGUGUCGUGGAAAACAAUAGCUUGUGUCUGCACAGCAGUGAGCCAGUGCUUGAAUGGUUCUUCACUGUAAUCACGUGAAGUAAAGAGUCAGACACUGGAUAAAAGUUAACACAAGCUAAAGAUGAAAAGCUGUUUGAAGAAUAUAGACGUUGCCCUACUUGACGCUGUUUCUGCUGCCUUUUGUUGAUUCCCCUUUACUUUCCCUUUAACGUUCUGGCUCAUGUACAUCUAGAUUAAGGUAACCCAAUAUUCCCAGAACGUGUGUGGACAGCUCUGUAAAUAAGUAACAAAAGCCGCGAUGAAAACUGCUUUCCGAUGCCUAAGGCCGGUGGCGUGAGUUGAGCCGCCGAGACCUUGCAUGUAGAGUUCAAUGGAAUGCCGGCGUUCUCCAUUGCUGGCACUCGUAGGUUGGUGCCACUCCAAAUCACAUGCCCCUGCGUGAGCUGUGAUGCGUGUUUAAAAGGGAACUUCAGAGGGAGGCGGUUCAAGUGUUUAAUUUGCUACGACUACGACCUGUGCGCGUCGUGCUACGAGAGCGGCGCCACGACAACGAGGCACACCACAGAGCACCCCAUGCAGUGUAUAUUAACCAGGGUAGACUAUGACUUGUAUUACGGAGGAGACACUUUUUCAGUAGAGCAACCCCAGUCAUUCACAUGUCCUUACUGUGGCAAGAUGGGCUACACAGAGACGUCCCUACAGGAGCACGUCACCUCAGAACACGCAGAGACCUCCACCGAGGUGAUCUGUCCAAUAUGUGCUGCCUUGCCAGGAGGGGACCCCAACCACGUCACAGAUGACUUCACAGCUCACCUCACACUUGAACACCGAGCGCCAAGAGAUUUAGACGAGUCCAGCAGUGUUCGACAUGUACGCAGGAUGUUCCACCCCGGGCGAGGACUGGGCGGUCCCAGGGCGCGGCGGACAAAUAUGCACUUUACUAGCGGCUCCACGGGGGGGCUCUCCUCCUCCUCAUCGCAGAGCUCCACCUAUACCCCCAGUAACAGGGAGGCAAUGGACCCAAUCGCAGAGUUGUUGUCUCAGCUGUCUGGCGUGCGUCGCGCGGCGGGCGGCCAGAUCAACUCGUCGGGGCCUUCGGCCUCCCAGCUCCAGCAGCUCCAGAUGCAGCUGCAGCUGGAGCGGCAGCAGGCCCAGGCGGCGCGGCAGCAGGUGGAGACGGGCCGCCACGCGACACGGCGCAGCAACAACCAGGGCAGCGCCGGCAACUCCAUCCCUCCCCCCAACACGGCGCCCGGCAACAGCGCCGCCGCGGGUGAAAGCAACCCGUCGUCCUCGUCCCACAGCUCCCAGUUCCUAUUAGCACGGUUGAAUGAACCCAAGAUGUCGGAAGCGGAGCGGCAGUUUCUAGAAGGCGAGCGCGCCGACCGCAGCCUGUUUGUCCAGGAGCUGCUGCUCUCCACGCUGAUGCGCGAGGAGAGCUCCUCGUCCGACGAGGACGAGCGGCGGGACUUCGCCGACUUCGGGGCCAUGGGCUGCGUGGAGAUCAUGCCUUUAGACGUGGCGCUGGAGAACCUCCAGCUCAGAGAGCGCAGCUUUACGGGGAAGGAGCCUCCGCCGCCGCCUCUUUGAUGUCCGAGCAUCGAGCAGACUGUGUCCUCGCUGCUGCAACUGUCAGUGAUGGGCAGGCGACAGCGGCAGUCCCCCAACCCCCCCCAACCCCCCUCCCCUCUCUGUUUUCUGAGUUUGUUUUUGGUGAUUGUAAUUUCAGGCCUGUCACCAUUUUUGUUACAUUGUAAACAAAAAUAAAUGAGAGCAAGUGGGAUAAAUGUGCGAGUGCGCAAUAGCAACCGAGCGAGCGAGAGAAGAGAAAUCUAUAAAUAUAAAUAUAUAUAGAUAUAGAUAUAAAAUAUAUAUGAAGUUGAUAAUCAAUCCACAUAACAUUUCUUUUCUUUAUCAGGUAAAUGUUACAGGUAGCUGUGGCAGACCUUUUGCUUCCUGUGACAUGCAAAUGGCUCUCCGUAUAAAUACUCCACAUUCAAAAGUCAAGAGGGCGUAGGCUCCUCCGAUGAAGCUGCUGUGUGUGUUAAUGACUAUUAAUGAAUAAAAAGUGCUUGGAUGGGUUACCAUAACUACUGCAUGCAGUUAUUUGCAGCGUGCAUGACUUUUAAUGACCCUGUCAUUAAAACCUAAAAAGAAACGUACAUCCCAAAAGCUUUCAACGGUUUUUAAAUGGUGGUUUCAGUAUUCAGUCAUUUUAAGUAUUGGAACUUUCUCGUUGAACCCGAAACAACAACAUUUUGUCAGGUUUUCUUUGAACGAUUCUAUAUAAUGAAGAGAAACGGAUUAGAUUCACGGCUCGCGUGCCGGCAGCAGAAGAACAGAGUUGUGUGUUUCCUGGAUAUGUUUCUGUUAAGUGGUGCGCUGUUUGGACAGCGUGUUCUUUAUGAUUUAUAGAUACUUCCAGAGGCCUCUGGUGGCUCGUUUCUGGGGCCCUCUGAGCUCGGAUCACGCGCUUUAGACGCCUCGUAUGGAUUUCUUUGCCGGCUAAAGGGAGCUUUCCUCGCUGCGGCCUUCUCGUUUCUUCUGCUCGGCGUAGCACCUUUUCUAUUUAUUCAUGUUGGUUUUUCUUUCCCUCCUGAGCCGCGCCGCCUUCAUGCCGAUACUUUUACCCUGUGUGAAAUACAAAUGCGAUGUAUAUUGAAUCUGUGCGUUAACUUUCAUAAUGGUUCCGAGACAUGGGCAGACGUUUUUUUUUUUAAUGUAAAUUUAGAAUACAAUAAAUAUAAACUGCGCACAGCUUUUGAUGAAACCCAA